GGUGUUAUUUGGCCAGGAGUGGCUGAUAUAGUCUGUGUGCUGAUUUCAGAACGUCCGUGGAGCUGGAUGGUGUCGUACACCCUACAUGAUAUCUGUGUGUUAAACGGCUCUUCAGUGGAGAUGUCCUGCUCUUACACCUACCCCUCUCAUCUGACUAUGCAGAAAGCCUACUGGAUAAACUCCUACAGUGAUGGAGCUCCUGAUGUCUCUCAGGUGUCUGAAUACAAAAAAAGAGUCAUGGUGAACUGUGAGGAUAAAGCGGAUAACUGUACUCUACGUAUACAGCCAGUUGAUCAUCGAGAUGAAAGAAGUUAUUACUGCAGGAUUACAACUAAUGUUGAGAAGGAAAACCGCAUAGGGCCACAUGGAGUUAAACUCUCUGUCACAGACUUAAAGGUGGUGACUCCCAGGAGAGUGAAAGAGGGAGAUAAUGUGACUCUCACCUGCAACACCACCUGCAAUCUAACCAGCAGCCCUUCAUUCAUCUGGAGUAAAGAUGGACGUCCUGUAGAGAAGAAGCAGAUCAUCAACAACCAGCUGCAGCUCCACCCAGUCAGUUAUGAAGAUGAGGGCAGCUACACCUGUGCUGUUAGAGGCCAUGAUGGUCUCCCAUCUCCACCUUACAGGCUCAUAAUAAUGUCUGUGGAGCCUCAUCCUGUGAUCAUAGUUCUUGUUGGAGUGGCAGUCUGUGGAGUUGUGGGUCUCCUGUGUGUCCUCUACUGGCUGAGAUCAUGCAGGUAUAAAGGCAACAGAAACAUGACACCAAAAAGAGACACAAAUGACCAGAGUGAUGGUCACAAUCAGCACCUCAGGGACACAGUAAGAGCUCAAGGGAAGGACAACCAUGACAAUCAUGACAAUCAUGACAACCAUGACAACAGUCUGCAUUAUGCCAGUCUCCAGUUCAGGAAAGAUGAUGCUGCAAAAACCUCUCCUAACCGACCAGAGGGGAAGCCCUCUGUGAUCUACAGCAGCCUCCAAAUUGGUGUGUGAAGAAAGCAAUGUGAAUAGUCAGUAUGCAAACUCAUAGAAAGGAAUGCCACAUUGUAGCAUCGGUUUGUUUUGGACUGGUUGCUGACAACACCCAGAAUGCUGUGCGGGGGGUUUGGGGGGAAUAGUGUGGGUUAAGUGUUUGUGUUUAGACCUUAUUUAGGGAUUGUGUUUUUGUGUACAGGCCCGGGUGUAGCCCUUCUUGGUUCUCCCUCCUGUGUUAACCUUGUGUCUGUGUUAAUGUAACUACCCCGUUUGUGCAUUGUGUGUGUGUGAAGUGGCUACCCUUGUGUGUUCUUUGUAAUGGUGUCUGUGUCCUCCACUUCCACCUGAUUAAAAGCAUUGCCUUGACAACGUGUUGUCAAUUGUUACAAUACAGUAUAUUUAGCUUCUGCAGUACUGAAUCUAUGUGUUGCAUAUUAAAA